AUGGGCGUCCAGUACCGAACCAAGACGCUACUGCAUGUGACGCUGAGCGGGCCGACCGGCGCCGUCCCGCGCAUCGUACCCAUGUCGAUCUACAUCUUCCCAGGAGAAGCGCUCACCUGGUUCAACGAGCCGGGGCGUGACCCGACGUACCUGAGCCAAAUCGUCGAUGGCCUCGGCCAAGGACCCGAGUGGGCACAUCUGCAGACGCAGAUCGAGCGUGUAAGCCAGCCUGACAAGAAGGACAAGGCGCUACCGUCGCGCGAGGUUGUCCUCGGGGCCAUCAAGUUUACAUACGUUGUCAAGCCGAUCGGUCGCUCGUACACGGUUAUGCGCCCAAGCGACGACGGCCGCGCGCUGCCCAUCCCGUUGAGCGCCAUCGAGGUCGUCGUGCACACGUUUCCCAAGCACAUGUCGGCGAAUGCGACGCAGCCAUCGAUCACGGACUUUCUCGAGCAACCAGCAGCGUAG